CUGCAAUAGAAGCGCCAGAUAACAUUUCAUCUCUCCCCUCAUGGCAGACAUGCUAUCCGCGGAUCUACCGCUGCCUUUAGAUGCUCUGACCAUCGAUGGACAAUCCGCGGGACAAGCAGAGCAAAACAUCACACCCUGGGAGGUCGAAGGCGCCAUUGUGGACGGCAAGCAAGUCGCUAUUGACUAUGGCAAGCUCAUCAAGUCCUUCGGCACCAAGGCCGUCACUCCAGAGCUACUUCAGCGCUUUGAAACACUAACUGGUCAUAAGCCGCAUCCACUCCUUCGACGAGGCGCGUUUUUCUCACACCGCGACCUCGACUUGAUAUUGGAUCGCUUUGAAAAGAAGGAAAAGUUUUACCUCUAUACGGGCCGUGGGCCAAGUGCAGACAGCAUGCAUCUCGGACACAUGAUUCCGUUUGCCUUUACUUGCUGGUUGCAAAAAGUCUUCGACUGCCCACUCGUGAUUCAGCUCACAGACGAUGAAAAGUUUCUCUUUAAGCAGAAUCUGACGCUUGAAGAUACGCGGCGCUAUGCAUCAGACAAUGCAAGAGACAUUAUCGCUGUUGGAUUUGAUCUCAAAAAGACAUUCAUCUUUGCCAACACCGACUAUGUUGGCGGUGAAUUCUACAAAAACGUCGUGCGCAUCAGUCGCAGCAUAACCAUCAACCAGUCCAGAUCCAGCUUUGGCUUUGAAGGCACCGACUGUAUCGGCAAAGCGCACUUUGUUGCCGUUCAAGCAGCACCGGCCAUUUCAAGCAGUUUCCCGCAAAUCUUUGGAAGAGGUGGGCCCAACCUGCCCUGCUUAAUUCCAUGCGCUAUUGACCAGGAUCCUUACUUUCGUCUGACGCGCGAUGUGGCUACUCGUCUGCAAGCACCGAAAUGCGCCCUUCUACACAGUGUCUUUUUCCCCGCGCUACAAGGGCCCGGUACGAAAAUGUCGGCGAGUAUAGAGACGAGUGCCAUCUUUAUGAACGACACGCCAAAGCGCAUUAAGGACAAAAUCAACAAGCAUGCCUAUUCUGGCGGCGGCGAUACACUCGAGCUUCAUCGCCAAAACGGUGGCAACCCAGAUGUUGAUGUACCCUACCAAUUCCUCACCUUUUUCCUAGAGUCAGAUGAAGAGCUUGCACAGCUCAAAGAAGGCUACAAAAAGGGCGAAAUUUUGACGGGAGAGAUGAAGAGGCGGUGUAUCGAAGUGCUGCAAGAAUUUGUCUCGAGCUUCCAGCAGCGACGUGCCGCAGUAUCGGAUGAGUUGCUUGCACAGUUCAUGGAUGGAACUCGUAAGAUUGAGCUAUAGACUAAGCAUCACUAGGCAGCGUCUCUGCUGGCACCUCGUUUUCUCCAGGUACAUUCAUAAAAGACUGUUCCCUGACUUUUGUCUCCCAAAAGAUGCCGUCGACAUCGUCAAAGCCGAGCUUUUGCCAUCCAUUCUCCUUGACGAUAUAGCAGUUGAGAAAACCUCCAGAGUAUGCAUCACGAUGCGUCGCUGCCAAGAUACUCCGCCGUCCAAGUGCAAUGGCUUCUUCAUCUUCCAUAUCAAACCGGUAGGUGGCGUCCAGUACACCAUAGGCGAAUGUGGCUCCGGAUCCAACACAAAACAAGUUGCCCUUGCUGCGUGUACCAUCGGAAUCAACAUAAAACAAGGCUGGUCCAGUCUUAUCCCACCCAGCAAGCAUAGUGCCCAUCGACAGACCCAUGCCUUUGUAAUUAUAGACAAUGUUGCUGAGAAUCUUGGAUGCGGCAGCCACGGAAAUGAGUUCCUUGUUUUUG